GCGACGCAGCACUCAGUAGCAAGUGAUCCCAAAAUGCUAACGGUACAUCGAUGAAACGCUUUUACAAGUCCACGAACAAGGACCAGCAGUAAAGAUGUCUGAGUUGUCAGCUGAAGACGAGGUGGAGUUGAAGUCCUUGCUAAAGCAGCUUCUGAGAAGCAUCAAUGACAGAAUAUCUGGCGCUCCGUCGACUGAAUGUGCUGAAGAGAUCCUCCUUCACCUGGAGGAGACUGACAAGAACUUCCACAAUUAUGAGUUUGUCAAGUAUCUCCGUCAGUAUGUGGAGAGCUCCCUGGGGACUGUGGUGGAAGAGGAGACUAAGAACUUGACCAGAGGAGAUGGACAACAUGCAAUAGGCUCAUGUCACGAUACCUUAAUCCACGCCGUCACCCGAAGGACCAGAGACUCUGCUGAGUACCAGCAGAUGAUGCAAACCUUAAAAAACACCAUGAUCAUGGUGGUGGAGUCUUUAAUCAACAAAUUUGAGGAGGACCAGAUGAGGAAGGAGGAGAUGCACAGAGAGAAGCAGCACAAUCCGUCCAACAGUCAGUACGCUGACAAUUGCUCUGACAGCGACUCCUCCUUCAAUCAGAGUUAUGCAUUCAUCAGACAAGAGCAGCUGCAAGCUCUGGCUGAAAAACUUGACUCCAGCAGACCCAAAGAGGUGCGUUGGGAGGCUCUUCAGGCCCUCUGCUGUGCCCCUCCAUCUGAUGUGCUGAGUUGUGAAAGCUGGAGCAGCCUGCGCAGGAACCUCUCUGCAGCUUUGACCGACCCUGACCUCAGCGAUAACGUACUGCAGUUUUUUGCCAAAAGCUUCUCCUCUUCUCCGCUGAAUGUGACCCGAGAGAUCUACACCAGCUUGGCUAAAAGUGUGGAGUCAAGUUUUCUGUCUCAUAAGCUAAGUUUUCCGACUGGCUCAGCUGUAAUCGACAUCAACAGACCUGAGAUCAGUCGCCUUCUCAAACAGAUUCGAUUAAUGAAUGACUUUCAGAAGGAGGUUACAACCUUUUGGAUCCGCCAUCCAGAGAAAUAUAUGGAAGAAGUUAUAGAGAGCACCUUCUCCCUGCUGUCCUUCCAUCCUGAACAUGGCUCAGCCUCACCAGGGACAGACAAAGCCCUGGAACCCAUUCACCUAUUGGCCUUACUAGAUGUUAAAGCCACCUGGUUUAAAAAGUGGAUGCAUGGAUACUACAGCAGGACUGUGGUUCUCAGACUCCUGGAGAAAAAAUACAAGUCUCUGAUUGUUGCAGCCCUUCAACAGUGUAUCCAUUACAGUAAAUCCCAUGAAUAUGUCACAAGUGAGACAAGUGAUCCACAGACAGCAGAGCAGCAGAGCACUGGUUCAGUCCAGAGGAGUGUUUACACAGGAAAAGAGCUUGAAUAUGCCUUCUUUGUCCACUCGCUGUGUGUCCUGGGGAAACUAAUCAUCUACACCAAUGGCAGAAAGCUGUUUCCCAUCAGAGUGAUGAAGUGCAAAGAUCCAGUCAGCCUGACGGACCUGGUUGUCAUCCUGAUUCACAUCAUGUACCAACACCCCAAACCUUCGCACAGUGACACCUCACACACAGACUCCCUGUCGCCCAGCUGUCUGGCAAUGGAUGUGCUGUGGAUGCUGUGUGAGAGAACAGAGUGUGCUGCUGAGUGUCUCUACCAGACGCCUGUGAUAGAGACACUGUUGGCUCCUGUUAUAACUCUGCUCGAUGGACAGCAGGCAAAAUUAAAAUCUCCUUCAGCAACACUGACUCUCAUCGCUGAUGUUCUGGCUCGCAUCGCAAACACUGACAGAGGAUUAGCUCUCUUCUUAUACGAGAAGAACCUCGUUGUAGCCCACAGUGAGAGAACCUUCCCCGCUCAUGUCAUUGUACAGUUCACCCUCAGGCUGCUGGAUAAGGAGCUGUCAUCACUAAGUGAAUCUGACUUGUCCCAUACAUCUUGCGGAGCCUUUAUCUUCGUCUGUAGGCAGAUAUACAACACCUGUGAGGGUUUGCAGGUGCUCCGACCCUACGGCCUGCACAAGGCUGUUGCUGCUGCAUGGAAAAAGACCAGCUCAUUGUCAGAGAGGGUUCUGACCCCGGUGCCUGGAGCCACAGCCGGAGCAUCCAACCAGGAGCUGCAGAACAUGCUAAUCUGGGAGGAGACAUUGUUGGACAGCCUGCUGAACUUUGCUGCAACUCCUAAAGGCCUUCUGCUGCUUCAGCAGACAGGAGCAAUCAAUGAGUGCGUCUCCUAUAUGUUCUCUCGCUUUACUAAAAAACUCCAGGUGAGCCGCUGUGAGAAGUUUGGAUAUGGGGUGAUGGUGACACAGGUGGCAGCAACUGCGCCAGGGGUGGCAGCUUUGCACAGUUCAGGUUUUGUGCGGGCACUGGUAGUAGAGCUGUGGUCUGUUCUUGAGUGCGGCAGAGAAGAUGUUGGGGUGGUCCGUCCCAAGCCCACACCCAUGGACCCCAUAGACAGGAGUUGCCUCAAGUCCUUCCUGUCCUUGGUGAACUUGCUCUCCUCUUCCCAAUCGGUGUGGGAGCUCCUGGGCCGCCAGCUGCUCGCCAACAAGAGUGAAUACACCCUGCGAGAGGUGCCAACCUCCAUUCCUGAUCUGAUUGACAGGCUGAUUGCUGUGAAUUCAGACGCAAAGAUUCAUUCCCUGUUUCACUAUGAGCAGUCUCACACAUUCGGCCUGAGACUACUCAGUGUGCUCUGCUGUAAUCUGGACUCCUUUCUGCUGCUAGAGAGCCAGUACAACAUGUGCUCCAUGCUGCUGCAGAGCCAGAGGGAAAACAUCACCGAGCCAGACACUGAUGAGGGGGAGUUCAUCAUAGACAGCGUAUCAGUGGAGAGGAAUCAUGUGCUGGUUCGUGUGAGUGUGGUGGGUGGUCCGUCUGAAAGGAAGCUUCCUCCUCGAGCACUGCAAGAGGGAGAAGAUCCUUACCCCUGGCCCAUGUUUUCAAGUUACCCUCUACCUCACUGCUACACUUUGGACCCGCCAAAGAUCCAUCUGAACUCACAGGACUCUGAGAUCAGCUCAUUUCUGGCAUCUUCUAAAGACUCAAAGAAUGAGGAGGGCUGGAUGGAGACCUGCCGGAGACACUACUGCAAAGUCAUGACCUCCAAACCCAACAUCUUAACUGGGAAAGUGCUGGCUGACCUUCUGGAGAAGGUUGUGGCCCAUCUAUCCAAGUCUACCACAGAGUACUUCUUCUCUCCGGCUCAGUACAAAGCAGAGGAGAAGACUGUGGAGAACGCUGUGUUAUCAUCUGUGGAGCAGCUGGGAAUCAACACCUGUCUCAGGUAUGGCAGCUACCUCAGGCUACUAACAGAAGAUGCUGUGAACGACCUGACGCUGCUAAUGAAGCAUAUUAAGAUCUUCUUGUCCACACAGAGAGUCAAAACUGCCUCAGAGCUCAUCAUUCUGCAGGAUGGUUAUCCAGGCCACGACUGGCUGGCAUCUACAGUGUUCCUCAUCAUGGCUGGGGACAUGGAUAGGUCUCUAAGUUUGCUUCUCAACCUGUCCAGUUUGCUUACUUCUGCAUUCAUCUGGCCAGCAAGGAUACAUUCCUCUGUCCAUGUUCCUGUGGUAGUAGCCGAAUCUGCGAUUCCUCCUGUUUACUGGUGUACAGCUCAUUACGUGGAGAUGCUGCUAAAAGCUGAAGUUCCUCUGGUUCACUCAGCCUUCAGGAUAUCUGGUUUCACCCCAUCACAGAUGUGCCUCCACUGGUUGACUCAGUGUUUCUGGAACUAUCUGGACUGGACAGAAAUCUGUCACUACCUUUCCACUUGUGUGGUGAUGGGUCCUGACUACCAGGUGUACAUGUGCGUGGCCAUAUUCAAACAUCUGCAGCCAGACAUCCUGCAGCGCACACAGUCCCAGGAGCUGCAGGUCUUCCUCAAGGAGGAGCCAAUUCAGGGCUUCAAGGUCAGCAACUACCUGGAGCUCAUGGAGGGACUGGAGCGCAGCUACAGACACAUUGUUCUCACGGACAUGGAAACCAUCCGUAACCCGGUCGCGUAAGAGCAAGUUGAAAAGUCUCUAUGUUACACAAGUUAAAACAGAUAGUUUUAAGAGGUUGUUGGACAACUUUUAAUCUGCCUUAAAGUCAUUGCAGCUUGGUUAAGAUUCAGUAAGUACCUGUGUGUAUCUUCUGGUGUAAUCCCCCUCUGUUUUUAUCCCUUAAGAGAAAUUCCAACAUGGCAAAUCUCAAGUAUUAAGAUGCUUUAAUAUGUGACAACAUUGAUGGAAACAGAAUUCAGGCCAAAGUACUCCAAAACCUCCAAAGUACUUUUAAAGCACAGACAUACAGUAUGCAUCAUAAAGUGUCACAUGUUAGAUAGCCUUCAGAGCACUAACAUUCGAAAUGCCUAGAAAGUGUCUUAUAGUCACCAAAUCACAACAAUACUCCAAAAAUCUAGAAAGAUUCAGACCCCAUAGCUCAAGUUUGUGAAAUUACAGGAUAAGUAUAGUGAUACUUCAUAUUUAUUUAUUGUUAACAAAUCAAGGAAAAUACCAAAACCAACAUUUAAUUGAUCCUGCUAACUUUCUUCUACUGUAAAGGCUGUCUGUUUAUUAAGGUUAAUUGAUAUGUGUUAAUCUGAAAUUUGUCCCCGACAGACGGACUAUUCAUGUAAUGUAUUCUUGUACAACUGUGUGUAUGAUAUUUUACCUUAUGUACAUAAUUCAUAUGAUAUCUUACAAAUCAGAGCCAUGAUAUCUAACCGAUAAGCACCUUUACUGGUUAGGUUAGGUUUAGGAAUCCUGGUUGGACAGCAUCACUAUAUGUACAUAAUGUGCUGCGAUGACGUGACUCGACGAGCCACUUUACAAAUCUAAAAUAACUCAACACACAGGACACAAACAUCGGUCUCCUGGGUCAAAGUCCUGUGUUUGUUUGACCUGUUUGCUACUGCAACCACCUCCCUGCAUGGACUUUGUUGCUCUUUGUACUACUUGACCUGACCCCUUCCUUUGGUCAUGUGAUAUGAGGAAGGACGGCCUUUAGUGCAUAGGUCACAUGAUCACAGUCCUCUGGCUCACGAUUACAUGGGUUAUAUACCAUUUUUUUCAUAGGUGUAAGUAUGAGCAGUGAAUGAGCUUUUACUAUUUAAUACUGUUUGAGUACCAAUUUUUAAAAACUUUUUU